GACCACAGUAAUUUGAAACAAUGGCCGAAUCAGACUCUAACGUUAUAAAUCAACAGGACAAAAAUGCUACGAUGUCUUAUAUCGUCUGCAACGCACAAAACGUAUCCAUCAGCAUGAAAGGCAUACAACAGUUAACGCUUGAGGUGAUGACUUAUAUGUUGCACAAUAUCACAAUCGACAAUAUCGGCGAGAUAGGAUUUAAAUACGCACGAUUGUCGUCCGAAUUUCACCCCACACAGAACGAUUGCAGGGCGGUGGACUGGCUAUUCGUGCUAAACACGUUGAAUUUUGCACUCUGGCCCAAAAAGAAUGAACCGGAAUGGAGUGUUAACGGACUAACUGGCUACAUGGCGUUGUGCGCUGCCAUUAAAAGAGCUAUUGACGUGAAUACAUUUACUUAGCU